CAAAGUUGCUUUUCUCUCGGCUUUCUCUCCUCGACCAGACAAGGUGUGUGCCGCGCGCUGUUCGUCGUGUGCUCCCGUAUUUGAUUUUGCUCUGCACACACACACACACAUACUUCUAAACGCGACAACCCGUCCCCUGUUCGAAGUGGAAAAAAGCCCUUAGCCGUGAGAAAACCGUGAAAGUUUUUUGAAAUUUUCGUUAAAUUUGAAACGUGUGACCGCUCCGCAAAAGUGAAAUCCGUGAAAGACUGGGGAAUCGGUCGAGCUAGCGAGAAGUUGAAAGGUAAAAUUUUCACCUACACCGUCGGCCAUCUUUUUUUUCCUUCCGUGUGUUGGGGCCCCAAAGCGGAGCGCUAGGCGACGAACACACUCGAAUCGGAUUUUCGCUGCACUUUUCAACGUUGGAAGUUGGAACCCGAAAGAGAGGGAGAGAUACAGCUUGCGCAGCUGUAAAGAGGAACUAAUAAAGUGCAGAAAUAGAGUUAGCACAAGCAACUAAACUUCAACUUGGAACGCAGCGAUUUUGCGAGAGAGCGGCAACACCUUAACAAGAAGCACACACACUCAAGGGUCGAUUUUCCAGCUCAGGAGGAGAAAGCUAGAGAAGAUUUACUCGGGGUCAAACGCACCACACUAAAAAAAAGAACGAGAAAAUGUAUGACAACGAGGCAGUAUGCACCGCCGCAGCAUCGGGAAUCGUGAUGCAAUUCCAAGGCAACGGCCAGCCCCACCCCGGCGGAUACCGGCCCCGCAGUGACAAGCCAGACUUUUACACUGGCGGCGCGGGCGGUGCCGGUGGUCCCGGAGGCAAGCCGCACUACAUGAACAAGCCCGGCGGUGGCCCCCCGUCGAUUCCGCCCUUCAACCCGAACGGAUUCGGAGGACCCAAGCCGAUGUACGGCAACGGGCCGAACGGAGCGAACGCCGGAGGGGCGCCGGGCGGUGGCGGAUUCAACAAGUUCCGCAGCAACAACUUUGGCGGACCGGGCGGCGUUGGCAUGGGCGGUGGAAUGAUCCCGAAGAAGGACUUUGGCGGACCGAAGCUGUACGGAGGACCUUCGUUCCCGGGCAACGGCAAUCCGCGCUUUGAUAAGCCGAUGGAUUCGUUCGGCGGUCCGAAGAAGUACAACCCGAUGCCGAACUCGUACGGUGGCGGCAUGCGCAACAGUUACGGCCCCAAGCCGGACUACAACAACCUGACGAAGGAGGACCGCGCCAAGGUGCAGUCGCUGAAGGCCAAGUUCCCCGGCCAGACGCUGACGAAGCCCAUGUGGGAGAACCUGGAACCGUUCGAGAAGGACUUUUACGUGCCCCACCCGAGCGUGAUGGCCCGGUCCGUCGACGAGGUUCAGCUGUUCCGGGAGAACAUGCAGGUCACCGUCAUGGGCAACACCGUGCCCCACCCCACGCAGACCUUCGACGAGGGCAACUUCCCCGAGUUCGUCAUCAACGAGAUCAACAAGCAGGGCUUCCCCUCGCCAACGGCCAUCCAGGCCCAGGGCUGGCCCAUUGCGCUGUCCGGCCGCGACAUGGUCGGCAUCGCCCAAACCGGCUCGGGUAAAACCCUGGCGUACAUGCUCCCCGCAAUCGUACACAUCGCGCACCAGAAGCCACUGCAGCGCGGCGAUGGCCCGAUCGUGCUGGUGCUGGCCCCAACCCGCGAGCUCGCCCAGCAGAUCCAGACGGUGGUGCGUGACUUUGGCACGCACUCGAAGCCCAACAUCCGCUACACGUGCAUCUUUGGCGGCGCGCUGAAGGGACCGCAGGUUCGCGACUUGGAGCGUGGUGUUGAGGUGGUGAUUGCGACGCCCGGGCGGUUGAUCGACUUCCUGGAGCGUGGCAUCACGAACCUGCGCCGCUGCACGUACCUGGUGCUCGACGAGGCCGACCGGAUGCUGGACAUGGGCUUCGAGCCGCAGAUCCGCAAGAUCAUCGAGCAGAUCCGGCCGGAUCGGCAGGUGCUGAUGUGGAGUGCGACGUGGCCGAAGGAGGUGCAGGCGUUGGCGGAGGACUUUUUGCACGACUACAUCCAGAUCAACGUGGGCUCGCUGAACCUGUCGGCGAACCACAACAUCCACCAGAUCGUGGACAUUUGCGAGGAGAACGAGAAGGAGGGCAAGCUGCUGUCGCUGCUGAAGGAGAUCGCGAGCGACGUCAACAACAAGAUUAUCAUCUUUGUCGAGACGAAGAAGAAGGUCGAGGAUCUGCUGAAGAACAUCGUGCGGGACGGGUACGGCGCGACGUCGAUCCACGGUGACAAGUCGCAGUCGGAGCGUGACUACGUGCUGCAGGACUUCCGGCACGGCAAGAGCACCAUCCUGGUGGCGACCGACGUUGCGGCGCGUGGUUUGGACGUGGAGGAUGUCAAGUACGUGAUCAACUUUGACUACCCGAACUCGUCGGAGGAUUACAUCCAUCGUAUUGGCCGCACGGGGCGUUGCUCGUCGUUCGGAACGGCGUACACAUUCUUCACGCCCGGAAAUGGGCGUCAGGCGCGUGAGCUGUUGUCGGUGCUGGAAGAGGCCGGACAGCAACCUACGCCGGAGCUGAUCAGCAUGGCCAAGUCGAUGCCCGGAGGAAAGGGAGGCCGCAGCCGGUACAACGUGCGUGGUGCGUUGACCUCGGGUGGAUACGGUCGCAUGGACCAGGGUGGAUUCGGAGGACCGCGAAGUGGUGGUGGCUUCCAGAAGAAGCCGUUCGAGAACCGCUUCGGAGGACCGCCCGGAGGCAUGGGAGGAAACCGGUUCGGCAGUGGGCCGAACGGACCGAACAAGUUUGGAGGCGCCGGAGGUGGCUACCGCGGUGCUGACAGCUGGAACAAGAACGGCGCCGGAGGCUACCAACAGCAGCAGCCGUACCAGGCCCAGAAUCCGCAAUCCGGUGGACAGCAACAGCAGCUGUACGAACCGCACCAGCAGAUGCGUUACCAGCCGAAGAACAUGUACCAGAACCAGUACGAGGACUUCUCCAACCAGAUGGUGGGCGGCGCUCCGCAGGCCUUCAACGGUCACCAGGGCACGCGCUUCUACCAAGGUAAGCCGCACCAGGGCCAAGGUGGCCUGCAGCAAACGCAGCCGGGUGGCCCCGGAGGUCGGUACCAGCCGAACAACCAGUACGGUGCCGACCCAAAGUCGGCCGGUGGACGCCCGCCCUAUCAACCCAAGCAGCAGCAGUACAACAAUAGCUACGCUGCCGCAGGUACGGCCGCGGCCUACCCGGCUCAGCUUGCGGCGGCGGCUGCCGCUGCUGCUGCGGCCGUUGGCGGAGGCCAGACCAUUCCGGCGGCCGGAUUCGCCACCGGGUUCGAUCCGCUGGCCGGAGUGCAGGGCGCGAUGGGCACGUUCGCCUCGUCGUACCAAAUUCCUGCCGCGGCAGCGUACUACUCGUACCCGGCCGCAGCCGCCCCUCCGCCACCCCCGCAAACCCAAACCCCGCAGGUCGUGCCACCGGUUCAGCAGUUCCUCGUGUGCAGCGUCGACGCAACAACGGGUGGUGCAGGGUACUAAGAGUCCGACAGCCGGACAGGACGAAACAACCACUCUUUUGCUUUUGUGUUCGAUUGGAUGGAGAGAAUGAAACACAAACCCCCCCCAUUUUUUUUCUUGUCCGAGCCACGAGCUCUGGCAGUUCGAUUUAUAUCCUAGUUUAAACAAAAAAAAAAAAAACGUCAACUUUAGAAUUUCUCGAUCAAACAGCUUCCAAAACUAUUGUUCUUUGAGGUAGUUUCUUUUUAACGUGUCUGUGAUAGCGAACGCGAUUAGCGCGACGGUCCCCCCCACCUCACACAUCAGCAAACCCGUUUUGUGUCGGCCUGUGCGCCGAACCAGAAGAAGCAGGAGGAGGAGCAAGGGUGAAACACAUGUGUUGUCGAUCGUGGAAGUAAUCAUUGUAAGAUUCACAAAAAAACUCUCACAAGAACACAUUAUUUUGUUUACUUUUUUUUUCUUCGGUUUUGGUUGAACAAUUAUUUUGUUACUGUGAAAAAAAAAACACUUCGCGAGAACGCGAGCGAAACCAACAACAACAACAAACAACUCGAAUGUAGUAGAUUUUUUUUGCAUUAAAAAUAAAAAAAGAAGGAAACACAUGAGAAAAACAAACUUGAAACGAGUUUGUAACGGUGGAAUCUAGCAAAAGAGAGGAGCGAAACCGGUAGACUUUGCUGAAAUUCGAUAGGGUGGCUGCUCAAAACCAACAAGUUGGCCAUUUUCAACUGUCUAUUUUGAUAUCAAUGACAGAUCAAAAUAUUCCAGGCACUUAAAGUUCACGUCCGUGUUUGGGAAACGCCUUUUCGGUGAUCAAUUUCAUGCAUUCUGGGUACUUGAAGUUCACAUCCGUGAUUGAGAAGCGCAUUUUCGGUGGCCAAUUUUAUGCAUUCUUGGUACUUGAAGUUCACGUCCGUGAUUGGGAAGCGCCUUUUCGGUGGCCAAUUUAAUGCAUUCUUGGUACUUGAAAUUCACGUCCGUGUUUGGGAAGCGCUUUUUUGGUGACCAAUUUUAUGCAUUCUGGGUACUUGAUAAUCACAUCCGUGAUUGGGAAGCGCUUUUUAGGUGGCCAAUUUUAUGCAUUCUACGUACUUGAAGGUUCAAAAUAUUCCCAUUUAUGGGGGCUUUUUCGCUCCUUACAAUGCAAUUUGAUGUUCUCAAACUAAAAACUCAAAAAUGGUACUCGAGUGGCCCCCUGCCAAAAACGAAAUAAGCAAAACCGGUGUAAACUUUGUUCAAAGCGUCCUCCUCAAAGAAAAUUGAGAAACCAGAAACUUCAAGCUCACUAACAAAAAGAAGCAGCGUUGCAAAAGCAACUCCAAAACGAGUUGUUAACAUGGAAGAAGGGAAGCAAACGCGCAAUUGUAACAUUUAUGAAGAAAAUUAAGAAGAAGAAGAAGUGUAAAGAAGCAAAUACACACUCACAGAGGUGGCGAGCGCUUGGUAUGCUGAAAUUGAAUCAAAUCUAACGAGAAACAACGAGAGUGAAGAUGCAAGUAUGAAAAACAAACGCAGUGUGUGAAUGAUUAAGCUACUAAACAUUAGGAGCAAACACACACACUCACACGCAAGAAAAGCGAUGAAACUAAACCACACAUACAAACACACAAUGAAGGCAAGAGACUUGAAAACUUUUUUGUUUUAUUUUCUAAACAUUUGUGAUAUAAUACAAUUUAUUAUUCGUCGUCGCCGCGAUCGCCGUCGCGUUUAAGUUUACUCUCUAGAAAGAUCUAACGCAAAGUUUUAUCGCGAAAACAAAGUGCUUUUGUGUUAAGUUCCAGAACCCAGAAGUUGUCGUCGUCGUCCCCGAUAAUUUUUUUUUUCUCUCUAAACGCGCGAAUGCUUUGCAGUGUAGAUUUUAGAGGGGGUCACAUUCCUUUAAAAACACAAAAAAAAAAACGAUGAAGCAUAUCCAGCAUCGAAACUCAUAGAAACAAUAAAAGAAUAAAACAGACUCACUUCAGUACCUGUUCUACCUUUAAAUGUGGCGACAACAGCAAACAAAAAAAUCACGCAAUCAAACCGAGCGAAAAUGCGAUGAUCUUAACUGAUAUAGUAGCAAGACGAAUUUUAAUUUAAGCAUCAAUUUGAGAAGAAAACAAACUUGAUAUUGCAAAAAAAAAAAAACUCCCAAAAACAAACGAUGUUUGAACGUGAUUAUGAAACAAACAGUAAUCAACAGUCCGUCGUCAGUUUUUUUUCUGUUCGGAAAGUAGUAGUUAAACAAGAAAAUCAAGCGAGCGAAACGAGGAUUUCCUUCACACCAAUCUAGUCCCAAGAAAGAGAAAAAAAAGAGAAACAAAAGAGCAUAACUCCGUUGAUUUUUUUUAUUUUUGUAUUUUUUACGAAAAACCGCGCAACUAUCGCGUCAUUCUGUGAUAGAGCGAGAGCAAAGCUACUAAGAAAUCUAACAAGCCAAAUUGUCGUGGCCUGCUGCGGCGACCACCGGAAAAUGGUUCCUUUUUCUUUUUUUUUUUUUUCGUCGCGCGCGCCUUAACAAAACAAACCGGAAGCAGAGAAAACGAAGAGAUGAGACUAAAAACGAAGCAAGCAGCUUCGUUCGAAUGUGACCACAGUCAAUGCAUUAAAGCAAAUUCAACAGAGGGAAACGUAAUUUAGAGAAGCGCGCGAAAAAAAAACCGGUUAGAUUGUAAGUGAAAAAGCACGAGGGGUGCGCGCGAUUUGCUGCUGACCUGAGAAGCGUUUCGAAGAUUUUUUCGAACCCUCGGGGAAGGCACACAAACACGUGCUGCGUCAGUAUUUUUCACGUGGCGAAAAAGAAAAACACGCCAGUUGCAGAAAUAAGAUUAAAACAUAAAACCAACCAAAUUGCCUUUAAUGAAACUGUGAUCGUAUCAAAUCUCGUCUCGUUCCUUUUUCUCUCUCAUCAACCUUUUUGUUGUAAGAAGAAGUAAAACAAAAAGAGAACACACAAGAAUAAGGAGAAACACUCAUUUUUUUUUGUUGUAUUAAUUAUACACAACAACCUCCGUUUGUUGUAUUCUCACCUCGAAACAAACCCCACUUUAUUGUUUAUUUUUUGUUCUGUUCAUUCGUUCGUUAUUUACAAGGCUAAUAAGUACUAGAGAACAAUACAUUCGUGUGUGAUACGGAGUUGUUUAUGCUCUGGCUGACUGAUUAUUGUUGUUUAAAUCUACUAGUUAGAAAUGGGAAGUAAAACCAAUACAUUUAAUUGAGAGAGACAAACACAAAGCAAAACAAAAAUGUAUGCCAAAAGUAUUCAUAUUGAUACAAGCGAAAAAUGGAAGCACACACUUUAAGUAAAUUUAUGUUUAAAAAAAGCGAAAAAAAUAUGAAAAAUUAAAAUUCGUCAAAUUGUUCCUAGACAAAACAAGAAAAAAGCGUCAAAUCGCACACGCCGCGCGGUAAUUUCUUUAGUUUUUCCGUUCCUUUUAAGCUAGAAUCAUUGAAACGAAAUCGCUCACACCGACCAACUAAAGCCGGGAUAAGAAAAUAAAAAAAAACGUCGUUUAACAAAAAACUACAAACACAAAUAUAUUGCAAUAAAACAAAAAAGUUGUCCAACAAACUUUCUUUCGGUGCAAAAAGCUAUGGGUGAAUUCCAGGUUACUUUCGUCACUUGUGGUCGUCGAAGCAAGAGAAUUCAAUUUCUGCAGUAUUAACUCUAUUUUAUACAAAAAACACACAAACAAGUCCAAACGAGAGAGAGACAGGAGAAACAAAAACUUGUAGGGAAAACAACACACAGGUUAAAUCGUUAGGAGAAUGAAGAAAAGUGUGGUGAAAUCAAGAAAACUCGAAACUGUGAAAACAACACUGCAACUGAAUUGUGGGGAAAAAAAGCAACGAAUUUCCCACACAGUCAACACAACACGCAAAUCGGGUAAUCAAAUUUGUACUAUUGAAAAACUAUUGUUGUAAUUAGCGAAUGAAAACAAAAGUGUCGUUACUGAAGCAAUCUGUUCAGUGCGAUGAGUCGAAUCUUGGCGCGCGCGCGCGCAAGAACGUGCGGCGCGACAGGAAGCGCAUGGAAACCAUGAAAAGUACUGAAAAAUACAUUUUUUACUACUAAAACGAAGAAACAAAGAAAAACGCUCGCCUCUCUAGAACAAAGAGACACAAAAUCUAGGAAAGAAAUGAAACUGAACAAAAGCAGGCAAGUUUUAUUUACAAAGCAAAACAAAAAGUGAUAGGCAAAAAACGUGUCGACUUCUAAUUUACAAAGUUUUUCGUUUACGAAAAAGAAAGAAAUAAUUUGUUUAAUGCGAAACAAAUGCGUUGCAGCAAACACACCUGUCCACACAUACAAGAGUUUAUGGAGACAAUGGGAGAAGAAGCAAAAUGAUUUUUUGAAAAAUGCAUAAAAAACACUCGCGCGAGACAGUGGUGUCGUCCCGACGGCAACUGAAACUGCUUAGAGGAGAGAGGGAGAGAAGGAGAAGAACAGGAGGAAAAUGAAUGUAAUCCGUUUGAUAAAGAAACAAAUAUUAAAAAUUACUAAUCAAACUAUCGAGUUCAAUGGCAAAUUAA